AAUUUUGUAUCUACAGAAUCCAAAAACUUAUGCAAUCGUGAAGCAACUGCUUGCAGAAGGAAAUGCUGGAGAACUGCAGAAAUACUUUGGCUCACGAAUGGAGUUCGGCACAGCGGGGCUCAGAGCUGCCAUGGGAGCAGGGAUUUCCCACAUGAACGACUUGACUAUUAUCCAGACAACCCAGGGAUUUUGCAGAUACCUUGAGAAGAAUUUCAGUGACCUGAAAAAGAGAGGAGUUGUGAUUGGGUUUGAUGCUCGUGCUCAUCUUUCCAGCGGAGGUAGUAGCAAAAGGUUUGCAAGACUUGCUGCCAAUACCUUCAUCAGUCAAGGAGUUCCAGUUUAUCUCUUCUCUGAUAUAAUACCAACUCCCUUUGUGCCAUAUACAGUAACUCAUCUGAAGCUUUGUGCUGGAAUUAUGGUUACAGCUUCCCAUAAUCCAAAACAAGACAAUGGUUACAAGGUUUACUGGGAGAAUGGUGCUCAGAUCAUUUCCCCUCACGACAAGGGAAUUUCUCAGGCUAUUGAGGAGAAUCAAGAACCAUGGCCUCAGGUUUGGGAUGACAAACUGAUUGACAGCAGCCCGCUACUUCAUGAUCCAUACGCCACGGUCAAUAAGGAGUAUUUCAAAGACAUACAGAAACAGUGCUUUUACAGGAAUAUAAACAAGGAAACAAACCUGAAAUUUGUUCAUACUUCUGUGCAUGGCGUGGGUCAUAAAUUUGUGCAGUUGGCCUUCAAGGCAUUUGACCUUAGCCCUCCUUUUGCUGUUCCGGAGCAGAAAGAUCCUGAUCCAGACUUUCCCACAGUGAAGUAUCCAAAUCCUGAAGAAGGAAAAGGUGUUCUGACAUUGUCUUUUGCUUUGGCUGAAAAAGAUGGGGCAAGAAUCAUUUUAGCAAAUGAUCCUGAUGCUGAUCGACUUGCUGUGGCAGAGAAACAAGAGAGUGGUGAAUGGAAAGUGUUUUCUGGAAAUGAGCUGGGAGCUCUUUUAGGCUGGUGGAUCUUCACGUGCUGGAAAAAUAACAAUAGGGAUACUCGUGCCAUUAAAGAUGUCUACAUGUUAUCCAGUACUGUUUCUUCCAAAAUUCUGAGAGCAAUUGCAUUAAAGGAAGGUUUUCACUUUGAGGAAACACUGACAGGUUUCAAGUGGAUGGGCAACCGUGCCAAACAGCUCAUGGACCAGGGAAAAGCUGUUCUUUUUGCAUUUGAGGAGGCUAUAGGAUAUAUGUGCUGUCCUGCUGUUCUGGACAAAGAUGGUGUCAGUGCUGCCGUUAUAACUGCGGAGAUGGCUAGCUUUUUGGCAACCAGGAAUUUGUCUUUGACUCAGCAGCUGAAAGCUGUCUAUGAUGAAUAUGGCUUCCAUAUUACCAAAACUUCAUAUUUCAUCUGCCACGAUCCUAAAGUUAUUCAACAGCUUUUUGACAACCUUAGGAAUUUUGAUGGAAAAAACACAUACCCAAAAUCUUGCGGUAGAUUUAAAGUUUCCGGAAUAAGGGAUCUAACUACUGGGUAUGACAGCAGCCAGCCAGAUCAAAAGGCUAUACUUCCUACUAGUAAAAGUAGCCAAAUGAUAACAUUCACUUUUGCUAAUGGAGGAGUGGCCACAAUGAGAACCAGUGGGACAGAACCAAAGAUCAAAUACUAUUCUGAACUUUGUGCACCUCCUGGAAACAGUGAUGUUGAGCAGCUGAAGAAGGAACUAGAUGAACUGGUCAACGCUCUUGAAAAACACUUCUUUCAACCAGAAAAAAAUAAACUUCAACGAAAGACUGAGUAAAAUAGCCAAGUUUAGUACCUUAAUUGGUUUUUGCAGCAUUAGAAGUGCAUUAUUUAAGAUAUUAAGGAUUUUUAGGACCAAACAGCUGAGAGCUCAGACUAAAAAGAAUUCUGCUUUUAUUAAGAGUUAUUUUGGGUACUUUUGGAUCUAGUAUCUUAUUUUGGAAGGAAAGUACCUUUACCCUUAAAGGACCAAAAACACCCAAUCAGUUGAACUAAAAGCUUUACGAGCUAGAAGUUGACUGCAAAUGUAUUUCAAUCAAAACUUGUUUUAAUUAAAUAUUAUAAGUAAUAUUCUAAUUUCUGAAACAUAGCCUGUUUUGUGGGGACUUUCAUUUCUUUUGUGUGUAUAUAAUCUGAUAACACUGCAACUUUGUCCAGGUUUAGAUUUGCAAAGCAAGUUCUUUUGUUAACAGGAAGUACUGAAAGCUUGUGGUGAGACCUUGACAAACUUGGGGCAGAUGUUUCAGAGGUAGUGAUCCUUCUUGAGGAUGUUGGCCCAAAUAAACAAGAAACUCAGCAAAUUUGCUGAAUAAA